CCAAGAAUGGGUCCAGAAUUUAACCAUAAUACUACUAAUGGUAACUCUACUACUCAACAACUAAACGAUCAACGAUACGUAAUUAAAAGGGAUGGGCGUCAUGAAGCAGUACAUCCAGGCAAAAUUUUUUCUCGCGUUGCAAAGCUAUGUUAUGGACUUGAUAUGUGCUAUAUUAAUCCGGAUUUGAUCACAGAAAAGGCGUCCAGAGGCAUUUAUACUGGAGUAACAACUGUUGAAUUGGAUAAUUUGGCGGCUGAAGUGGCUGCUUCAAAUACUACAGUUCACCCAGAUUAUGCUUUGCUUGCUGCCAGAAUUGCUGUUUCAAAUCUGCACAAAGAAACGAAAAAGGUUUUCUCAGACGUGGUCAGUGAUCUCUACCAUCAUAAACACUCAAAAAACGGAGAACAUUUGCCAUUGGUUAGCGAAGAGCUUUACAAAACUGUUACUGCAAAUAAAGAGAAACUCAAUUCAGUAAUUAUUUAUGAUCGUGAUUUUCACUACACUUAUUUUGGCUUUAAAACACUUGAACGAUCUUACCUUUUGCGAAUCAAUGGAAAAGUAGUUGAGAGGCCACAGCAUAUGUUGAUGCGUGUUGCUGUUGGAAUACACAAAACUGACAUUGAGGCUGCAAUAAAUACUUACAAUCUCAUGGGCGAGCGUUGGUUUACUCACGCCUCUCCAACUUUAUUCAACGCGGGUACAAAACGUCCACAACUUUCUUCUUGUUUUUUGCUUUCAAUGGUUGGUGAUUCAAUUGAAGGAAUUUUUGAAACAAUAAAUCGUUGUGCUUAUAUCUCAAAAUCGGCUGGAGGAAUUGGGCUUUCCAUUCAUUCAAUUCGUGCUUCGGGUUCUUUGAUCUCUGGAACAAAUGGAAAUUCGAAUGGAAUUAUUCCAAUGUUGCAAGUUUUUAAUUCUGUGGCGCGUUAUAUUGAUCAGGGAGGGAAUAAGCGUCCCGGUGCUUAUGCAAUUUACUUGGAGCCUUGGCAUGCAGAUAUUGAGGAUUUCUUAAAGUUGCGUCUCAACACUGGUGCGGAAGAGCACAAAGCAAGGGAUUUGUUUUAUGGACUUUGGAUUCCGGAUCUUUUUAUGAAGCGCGUGAGAGAUGAUGACAUUUGGUCUUUAAUGUGUCCGAAUGAGUGCCCUAACUUGGAUGAGUGUUGGGGAGAGGAAUUUGAACAGCUUUAUCAAAGAUAUGAGGAAGAAAAGCGUUACAAACGUCAAAUAAAGGCACGUGAACUUUGGAGUCGUAUAAUCACCGCUCAAAUAGAAACUGGAAUUCCAUAUAUGGUCUACAAAGAUGCUUGUAACAGUAAAUCAAACCAAAAAAAUUUGGGAACAAUUAAAUGCUCAAAUCUUUGUACUGAAAUUGUUGAAUAUACUUCGCCUGAAGAAGUUUCUGUCUGCAAUUUGGCUUCAAUUGCGUUGCCGCGUUUUGUGGUAGUUGAUGAUGGUGGUUUGGAACAAAAUGGUGUGGGAGAGGGAAGGACUUCAGCACCAAAUACUCCACCAAGAAACAGCAGAAAAAGGCCAGCAUGCGCUUUGGAAGAAUCUAAUGGAAAUUCUACUUCAACUAGACAAUCGCCACCAUCAUUACAACAAAAAUUCAAAUUUGAUUUUGAACGUCUUAAAAACGUCACAAAAGUUAUAACAAAAAAUUUGAACAAAAUAAUUGAUAUUAAUUAUUAUCCUGUCCCACAAGCUGAACGUUCAAAUCUUCGACAUCGUCCAAUUGGAAUUGGUGUACAGGGUUUGGCCGAUGCUUUUAUUUUGAUGCGUUUUCCUUUUGUUAGCGAUCAAGCCAAAGAGUUAAACAAACAAAUUUUUGAAACAAUCUAUUAUGGUGCAUUGGAAGCUUCUUGCGAGUUGGCUGAGCAAUUUGGGCCAUAUGAGACUUAUAAAGGUUCUCCAGUUGAGAAAGGAAUUUUACAGUUUGAUAUGGUUUGUAAAUUUAUUUUUGGUAUAGGUGUAAGGAAGAGUUUGUGGUUUUUUGCGGAUAAAUUUUUGAGGGGUUUUCUUUUGGAAUACAGGGGAUCAGGGACAUUUCGGAACUCAGGGGCAUUUUUUGUUUUUGUUUCUCUUGUAUUGUCAAUAGUAAAUAUUAGGGAUGGGUUAUUUCCGAUUCCUCAAAUUCCACUUUUUGACUUUUCCGCGUCUCCGUCUUCCGCUUUUUAAAAUGUGAUGUAAAAAAUAAAUUCUUGAUUAACGGGAAUCAGAAUACAGGGGAUCAGAGACAUUUCGGGACUCAGGGGCAUUUUUUGU